UUUGACGUUUUUAACCUAUUUCUUUCAAAAUGGCUCCCACCCGGAGUAUCAUCGGGUUUUUAAAUCCAAAAACCCUUACCGCGGUGUUUAGUAAUAAUAUUAACAAAACUACGUGUCGGUUCGUCCAUAAAUGUAAUAAAUGUGAAAAAUUUCUUGGAGGGCCUGCAAUUGCUAUUGCAUCAUUAGUGCACAAUAAAUUCAAUUAUAACACGGGGACUACUAGACACAGAUAUAUACACACCACCAAUUGUCUGGCCGCUCGCGUGGAUUACUACAAGGUGCUGGGAAUUUCAAAGAAUGCCUCCGCUAAAGAUGUGAAGAAGGCAUACUAUCAACUUGCGAAGAAAUAUCAUCCCGAUGCAAAUAAAUCUGAUCCCGAGGCCUCUAAGAAGUUCCAGGAAGUCUCCGAGGCUUAUGAGAUACUCUCUGACGAGAACAAGCGUAAGCAGUAUGACACCUUUGGCACAACAUCAGAGCAGAUGGGCAUGGGAGGUGCUCCGGGUGGAGCUGACGGGUUCACCCACCAGUGGCAAUACAAGGCCACCAUAGACCCCGAGGAGCUGUUCAGGAAAAUAUUUGGAGACGCUGGUUUCAAGACUGAAUCGUUUAGUGAUUUUGCCGAGAGUCAGUUUGGCUUUGGUGCUGCUCAGGAAGUCAUAGUAAAUCUCCGCUUCACGGAGGCAGCGCGUGGCGUGAACAAGGAUGUGAACGUGAACAUAGUUGACACGUGCCCGAAGUGCCAGGGCUCCCGCGCCGAGCCCGGCACCAAGGCCAUCAAGUGCACCUACUGCAAUGGCACAGGGAUGGAGACGUUCUCGCGAGGGCCUUUCGUAAUGCGGUCCACUUGCCGGCACUGUCAUGGGACCCGCAUGUUGAUCAAAUUCCCCUGCGUCGAAUGUGAAGGAAAAGGCCAAUCGGUGCAACGCAAGAAAGUGACGGUCCCAGUGCCGGCGGGCGUGGAGGACGGGCAGACGGUGCGCAUGGCGGUCGGCAACUCGGAGAUAUUCGUCACCUUCAAGGUGGAGGCCUCCAAGUACUUCCGUCGCGACGGACCCGACGUGCACUCCGACUGUACGAUUUCCGUAUGCCAAGCCUUAUUAGGAGGAACAGUCCGGAUACAGGGCCUCUAUGAAGACCAUACACUGCAGAUAAUGCCAGGCACUUCGUCGCACAGGCUGAUCAGGCUGUCGGGGAAAGGCAUGAAGCUAGUUAGCAAGCACGGCUACGGAGACCACUACGUCCACAUCAAAAUAAAGGUCCCCGCAAGUUUGAACGAGAAGCAAAAGGCGCUCAUCUACGCGUACGCCGAACUAGAACAGGACACGCCCGGCCAAAUCCUAGGUGUCACGUAUGACAGAGAUGGCAAGAAGGUGUCCGUAGCAGACAACCAACCCCUCACGGAUGCCGUCAAAGAAGCGCUUAAAGACAAGAAGACCAAUGAAGCCGAAGCUAAGAAGGCAGAUGGCGCCACCGAAGCGACGGAAGAACACAAAGAAUCUAAAAGGAGUAAAGCGUAGUACUGUUCGUGUAGGACUUUGAUCUAGCUACGAUACGCAGGGAAAAAUAAUAUGAAUUAAUUAUUAUAACUCAUUAAGAAAUCCGUGCACAAAAGUAUUACCUAUAAUUUUAUCUUUUAAUAAACUUAUUUGAAAUAUGAAAUAUAUGUAUAUAGGUAUGGAUUCAUCACAUCUAUUUAUUUGUAUAUUAGCGGAAUAUUAGGUCACCGACCAAAUAUCAAGUCAUUUCAUAUUAAAUAUACCUGUGUAUCGUAGCUAAUGUCUUGAGGAAUUGCCAUUAGGUCUAACACAACUGGUGUAAAAUAAAAACCUGGUUCUUUCUCACUAAUUGUACACACAUGAGAGAAUCUAUCUCCUUGUGACUUGAUAGCAAGUUGUGCUAGCCCCGCAUAAUCGGCCUUAAACACAAUUCAUUGCCACUAAGUGCUACGGGUUGCGCUCGUAGCGAGUAGCCACGGUUUCGCCGUAUGGAGCGCGUAAUCGCUACGAACAGUGUACCUACCCGACAGUCGGGUUCUUGGCGCUGAAUGUGAGAAGGAUUGGAAAUUCAGUCUAUGUUUGCUUAGAAAUAAUUCCAAUAUUUGAAAUCAUAAAUUCCUACUAAUUGACUGACAUACGGAUUUAAAUGUUCAUUCUGGUAUUGUAUUCUGUUUUUGUUUAGAUUUGCGUCAUAUUUUCUUAUGAUUUUGUUUUACACAAUAUCUGUAGGUACAGUUCUGUGAUACGAUAGCAAUAAAUUAGAAUUUAUUUCUUACAGCUAUAGAACAUAUUUUUGUUUGAAACUUCAUCGGUCUUAUUGAUUCCAAACAUAUUUUAGUGUCUCAGAUAUUUAACGGUAUAGCGAAGGCUAUGUAAUAGUAAUCAAAGCUGUAAAUAGCAGUUGACUAGUUUGUAGGUUGGUAAUUAAAAUUACAAGAAAAAAUAUAAUAA